CCCAUAAACCCAGAUGAUCGCGAUUUGCAGUCCACACUCCACAACGGCGCCGUUUCUUGGAUCUGUAUUUCAUCGUAAAGCGUGAAGCGCUGAGCUGCGACAAAAGCAUCAGUUGAUCUUCUCCCUGUCUGUAACUCCUUCAUAUACAAAGUAACGAAGCCUUGACCACAAAUUUUACUUGUCCUCAUGGGUUCUCCGGCCAUCGUCAAUCUCGCCAAGAAUCUCUCCGUCAUGGUCAGAGUCGAAGGACCUGACCCGAAGAGGCUGAAGAUGAGAAACCAUGCUUUUCAUCAAUACAACUCUGGAAAGACAACACUUUCAGCUUCUGGGAUGCUAUUGCAUGAUACCCUUUACGAUGUUGAUGUGGCUAAGAGAAUUUCAGGCGGGGGCAAUCAGGAUUUGUGUUUGGUGGUGACUGUUGCAUCCGUUGUUGAGCCUUUUCUAUCCCAAAAACACAGGGAUAGCAUUUCCCAGAAAGAAGUUAUAGUGAGCCGACCAGAGUUGAUUUCUGGUGCGCAGAUUGAUAUCAUGGUUGAGAGUAAUGCGAGCGUAGACAGAGAUAGUGAGGCUCCUUGUUGGGUCACUGCACAACUCUUAACAUUGGUUGAUGUCCCUGAAUCUUCCCUUGGUCUCCAAUCUCUUAUUGAAGAUUCUCCAUCCACACCAGAGCAAGGAUGGGAGGUUGGCUGGUCCCUAGUCUCGUUUGCUUAUGAUUCUAUGUCUUCUGUGGAUACCACUCAAACACAGAGGCAUUUGGUGCAAAGGGAAUCAAGUAUACGAAGUCUUAUGGGCAGAUCAACUACUCGAAUGGCUGUUCUUGGGGUUUCCUUAUGUAGUAAGAAUCUGCCGGAGAUUGUCAUAUCACCCUUUGAUAAAAGAGGAGAUUUUCUUCUAGUUCUGGGUUCUCCUUUUGGCGUGCUUUCCCCUGCACACUUCUUUAACAGUAUAUCAGUGGGAUCUAUUGCCAACUGCUAUCCUACCGGAUCAUUUAACAGGUCAUUGCUGAUGGCCGAUAUUCGGUGUCUUCCUGGAAUGGAAGGUGGUCCAGUUUUUAGCAAACAUGCAAGUUUAAUUGGUAUCUUAAUCCGACCAUUGAAGCAAAAGAAUAGUGGUGCUGAGGUUCAGCUGGUGAUUCCAUGGGAAGCCAUUGCAAGAGCUUGCGGUGACUUGCUGCUGAAGGUGCCUCAAAAUGCAGAAAAGGAGAUCCAUAUUAAUUUAGAAAACUCAAAUUCUGUAGGGGAUGCAUUUAUAUCUGAAGGAAGUCCUAUGUCCCACUUCCCUUCACCGGCACCUGUUGCGAAGGCAAUGACUUCUGUCUGUCUUAUUACCAUUGAUGAUGGUGUAUGGGCAUCCGGUGUUCUGCUUAACUGCCAAGGUCUAGUUCUCACAAAUGCUCAUCUGCUAGAACCAUGGAGAUUUGGCAAAACUCCUGUACAUGAUGCAAGAAAUGGAGCCAAACCAUGGUUAGCUCCUUCUUUUCCAGAAUCAUCUGCAUCUGGCAGGCAUGCCAGAGUUCAUGGGUCAGCUGAGACUCAGAGUUUUUCAUCUAAGUCACUAGAGACUGUCGAUACUUCAGAGGCUGAUGAACAGAACGAAUAUAAAUUGAGUUUUACUUACAAAAGAAGUAGAAAAAUACGUGUUCGUUUGGAUCAUGCUGACCCUUGGAUUUGGUGUGAUGCUAAAGUGGUGUAUGUUUGUAAGGGAUCCCUAGAUGUUGCCCUGUUGCAGCUUGAGUAUGUUCCAAGUCGGGUUUGCCCUAUUGCUGUGGAUUUAUCUUGUCCAUCUUCAGGAUCAAAGGCAUAUGUUAUUGGACAUGGAUUAUUUGGGCCAAAAUGUGGAUUUUCCCCUUCUGUUUGCUCAGGUGUGAUUGCGAAAAUAGUCAAGGCAGAGAUGCCACUGUAUGAUAGACACAUUCUGCCAGCAGAGACACUGUUUCCAGCAAUGAUUGAAACAACUGCUGCUGUCCAUCCAGGUAGUAGUGGCGGUGCUGUUGUCAAUUCAGCUGGCCAUAUGAUUGGACUCAUUACAAGCAACGCAAGACAUGGUGGAGGGACUAUCAUACCACACCUGAACUUCAGCAUUCCAUGUGCAGUUUUGACGCCUAUAUUUGAAUUUGCAAAAGACAUGCAGGAUUUUUCUCUACUGAGAGAUCUUGAUCAACCGAACGAGCACCUUUCUUCGGUAUGGGCGUUGAUGCCACAGCUUUCCCCCAGGCCCAAGCUUCCCUUGCCAAGUACACAGCAGUCACUCCUGGAGAAUGAUGCAAAAGUGAAGGGUUCUCGUUUCGCUAAAUUCAUGGCCGAAAGACAGAAGUUGUUGGAAAGGCCAACUCAACUUGGCAAAACAGAAAGGCUAUCUAAUGAGAUUUUUCCAAGUAAGUUAUGAUGACCCAGCAUUUCUGUUGUGCAAGCAAACUGGCAAUUAGCGUAACAAUUGCAAGUUCUGGUCGCCUUGGAGAAUGAAUAGUCGUGAAAAACUGCUUACCUGGACUGAAUUUGUUUCACUGGAUCCUUUUAGUGUUAAAGAUCAAUAACAUGAUGUUCCCUCGUAUAUGCAAUGUGCUUCUGCCGAGCGUGUUAUACUGGAAUAAGAUUAUUCUGUUUCUGUACGAACUUUACAAGCUCACAACAAUAAUAUGGCAAAGCAAAUGAAGCCAAUCUGCAAUAUACAAAAUUUCUUUUGGCAAAUCUUUGUUUCUACCAUCCGAGGUAUUAUGUAAAUGAUCUGUGUAUUUACC